AUAAAUCCCACGCAGUAACUUACUUAUGUGACAACUAAUCUAAAACAUGUCUGUAAUUCUUCAGUAUCGUAUACAUAAGUGGAUAAGAGUAAUAUUAUCGCUACCUUUGCUAAUAAUAAUAAAAAAAGAUUAGAAAGGAACAAAUAGGUAUGAUGAAAAUAGUAAGACAAAUAAUUUGCCCUAAAUGUCUCAGAAUUUAUAUAUACAUAUAUUACAAAUGUCUAAAUAUAUUAGUGUUACAUCGAUGUAUGGAUAGACUAUUCAGUCCCAAAUACAUGUCUACAUUUCGUUUUACAAAAGACGGAAAAUAACCUUCCUGACAAACAUACAUAUACAUUAUAGAAUACUACUAGAAUAUAGCAAAACUAUUUUCAUUUGACUAUCUAAUUAAGUUAUCUCUUCAGUUUAUAUCAUUAUUUUUACCUGAAAACAAAUCCUUUAAAAAAAUCUAAACAUCAUCAACAUUAUCGGUUGCAACAUCAGUAUCACCGUGAUCAUUCACAUUCUAACAUGUCGCGUGAAAUGCUCUUUAUGUCAACUAUUUUAUUCUAAGCAAUAGUAAAAACAAGCCAGGCGAAAUCAUAUUAUAUUUUCCAUUGAAAAAAACACAAGGAAAACUAAGUUGAGUAGUUGUUUGAAUCGGCAACUGAAACAUUUAAUUCAAAUAUUUUUUUCAAUAAAAUAGACGAUUAAAAUGAAAAUAUAAUGUAUCAUUAUAGAUUGUGAUUUAAAUGUUUACAUUGGCCUAGAAUUGAUAGUAAUAAUAAUAAUAUCAAAUAGCAAAAGUGAAUUUACAUCCGACUCUAACAACAUCAAUAAUCACAUAGUAAUUUAGUGAAAACAAUCAAACUUUUGCGUGGAGAUUUUUAAUCAAUAGAAACCACGUGUUUUCAUUUCAUUCUACCCUAUCAAGAAGGAUGUCCCGAUUAUCGUUAAGACGUUCACCACCGCAUACACCUACUUUAUCUAGUUGUAAUCAUAUUUUACAAAAUGUUGAAAUUGGAAAACAUGUUGGCCGUUAUGGACCUGGUUUUUUAUGGAGUUUAUUUGAAGGCAUGGAAUCAAAUACAGGACUGAAAUCUACAGUAUUCACAUUUGAUAAAAAAACAUUGGAUCGAGUCAAUAAAAAUCGGAGACGGGAUUUAAUCUUGGAAACAUUACGCAAUGAUUUGAUAAAUUUAAACAAGCUAAAACAUCCACGUUUUGUACAACUAAUACAUGAUAUUGAAGAAACUAAUGAAUAUCUCACUUUUAUAACUGAACCAAUAAUAGGAAGUUUAGCAGAUAUGUACAUAAAUGAUCAGGAUUCGUCUUUUUGUGAAUUAGAGAUUAUAUUUGGGAUAUAUCAGAUUACAGAUGCACUAAGGUAUCUUCAUAGCACCCAAGAAUUAAUGCAUUGUAACAUAAAUACGGCGUCAAUCUUGUUGGUUAACAAAAGUAUAUGGAAAUUGGGUGGAUUGAAUUUUUUAGAAAAGAUUGUUGACACCACAAAGAUAACUCCAAAGUUUACUGGAUGUUCAGUAAAAGUGCCAGUGUUUGCUCAACCAGAUUUAGAUUUUAUUGCUCCAGAAGCCCAAAUGUAUAAUUCCAUGUCACCACUUGCCGACAUGUUUUCCUUAGGAAUGGUAGUUUGUGCUAUUCACAAUCAAGGACAUUCUUUGAUUGACUCAGAGCAAAAUCCAAAUGUUUAUGUUAAACAAUUGCCUGAAAUUCCAAAUAAUUUUGAAAGAAUAUGUGAACGACUACCCAGAACUUUAUUAGAACCUGUACGUAAAAUGAUCAGUAAGGAUGUUCGUGAAAGACCAACAUCACAGCUUUUUGCUUUAUUAAAGGUAUUUAACGAACCAGUAGUUCUUUCUUACGAAGGUUUACUUACAUUAAAUGAUAAAUCAUUAAAUCAGAAGAAAGAAUUCUUUGGCCGACUCCCUAAAGUUAUACCCUUAUUUGAACCUAAUGUCAGAUAUAAAUAUAUUCUACCAAUUAUUUUACAAUGGUUAUAUGAGUCAAACGACUUAAUUUCCUACAUCCUACCAUCAUUUUUAACAAUGAUUAAAGUCGCGAAAUCUGAUGAUUAUGACAGAUAUUUAAAAUCCCACUUGCACAAAAUUUUAACUGAAACCAAAUCACUUCAGACAAGUAUGGUAAUUUUGGACCUUUCAGAUCUCUUUACUCAUCAUAUUAGUCAAGAUGAUAUUGGAAAUCUUCUCCUCCCUGAAAUAUUUGUCUGCCUUGAGCCGGGCACUCCAAAAUCACUGGAAACUGUUCAGAAUGCAAUUUCAGUAUUGUCAAAAUAUCUUAAUAAUACACAAAUUGUCCAAUCAAUUCUACCACAGCUCAAAGAAAUAUAUAAUCGUAAAACAUCAAAUCCCAAGAUUCGCAUUGCAUGUUUAGAAUGCCUAGGAAAACUUUUUAAAAAAUUAACUUUACCUACACUAUGUGAUGAUGUACUACCAUUUAUUAGCUCAAUUCGAACAGUUGAUCGUGAAUUAGUUCUUGCUGUUGUAGCUUUGAAUCGUCGACUCAUAUCAGACAGAAACAAUGAGAUUCCAUAUACUUACAUAGCUGGGAUGUUAUUGCCUUCUAUGGUGAACUUUCUGGCAUUAAAAACGCUAACUAUAUCUGAUUUCCGAGCUGUAAUUAAUUUAACUCGAACAAUGCUAGAUCUCAUAGAUCGACAGCGUUCAGUUGAAUUAAGAUCACAAACUGGGUCGAAAUCGGUUGGUGGAAGCUGUUCUGAUAUGAGUUCAUCAUUUGGUGCACCUCGAAAUCUUCCGUUAAUUGCUAUGCAACGUCCAACUAUAGAUUCUGAAUUAUUAUACGUUGAUAUGGAGGAUUCAAAGCUUUCAAGGUCAAGUCUAGAUUAUCGUCGAAGUUCUGGCAGUGAAGUCACUGGAACUAAUCGAUGGAGCAGAAAUAGCUUGUUAAUUCAAAGGUUACAGGCAUCAAAACAUAGAUCAGAAAGCCUAUUGUUCAAUACAAAGCACAGAAACUCCAUUGGUGAUCAUAGAUUUUGGAAUGAAAGUGCAAGUAAUCCGAAUUUUAAUUAUCAUGGACAUUCGAGUACAAAUUCUCGUAUAGGACCAAGUCCAUUUUAUAAUUCAAGUCCAACUUGUGAAGAUUUAUAUAAAAUGAGAAGAUAUUCUGGAAAUAUUUUAACUCGAUCAACAGAUAAUCAAGUGAAUGUAUAUGAUAAUUUAGGUUCCUUAAAUGUUCCAAGAUACAAUAAUGGUUUUCUAGACCCUAGAAGACAUAGUUAUGGUUUUACACCUAGCACAUCGACUAAAUCUUUAAUUACAGUCAAUGUAUGCGAAGGUCCUUUCGUUACUCCGCUCAGUUAUCGUGGUUCAAUACGUCGAAAUUCUGGUUGGAGCUGUGGUCAAUUUCCAACUUCUCAAGUCAUUCAACAUGUUGCAACUUCUCCAAAAUUAUGGAAGUGAAUAUAGCCAUGUAGAUUUCUGUGGUUGUAUAUAAUUACCAUGAAACAGACUGCUACACGCAAAGCGUUUGGUAGGUUGUAAUGAUUGAUGAUAUGAUUUAUACAUCAGUUAACUAUUUCUGUAAAAGUUAAGCGUAUACAGUAUACAUACCACGGUAAUUUCCAUUACAUUACAACAAUAACCAACAAAUUUUUAUCUCAACUUUUCUCUUGUGGAUACAUUAAAAUGAGCAACGGGUUCUUCAUAAACGUAAAAGAUUUGUCCAUAGAUUUUUACAAUUAUACGACAGUCAGGUGGUAAGUGUUCAAUAAUGUCGACCGUAAUAUUACGAGAAGACUAUAUGAAUAAAGUAAUAAUUUGAAGAUAAAUACAUUAAUCAAAUAAAUAUUAUGUGAAGGUAAUAAACAUAAAAUCAAUUAUUAUUAAAAACCUGAAAGCACUGGAUGAAAGUUUCGUCCUAAUAUGGGGCUCCUCAGCAAUGAGCAUUCACGAUCCCGCACGCAGGAUCCGAGCCCAGGUUCUCAAUGGCGGUCUAACAUUCAUCGAAUCAUGAUCUUUAUCAAAAGCUCGACAAUCUCUACAACCCCACACUGAUUAUUAUCAAAAACUAAGUAUCACCAACAUUCUCCGAGUAUAAGACUAAAAUUUAGGUUGUACUAACAAUGAAACAAAUGAUUCUAUAAAAAAUGUUAUAAAAAGAUACUUACUAGACAAAUAAACUUAUGUAGAUUAGUUUGACUAAAUAAUUAAUAUAUCAAGUCAGUUUAUUAAUCAGUGUAUUCAUGACUUUACAACGAAACACUUUAGAAAUAGCCUUCCACAAUAUAAAUAUACAUAAAUUUCAAAAAUCCAAACUUCGGAUUUAAACAGUAGGAUAUUCUAGUGAAUUUGCCCAAAAAUAAUCGUUUUGUGCACGAACAAGCUACUGUCGUAAGUAUUGUAAUCUAUAGAAUAGCUAAUACUCCACCAAAACAGGAAACCAGACAAAGACCAAUAGUUUUAAAUCAUCGCAUUAAAAAUUGUUUGCCAUUGUGUAAAAAUAUCACACUUUAAUGUACAUAAAAUGACAAUCUAUUGAAACACUCAUUUUGUACAAGCUGUCAAAACUAACAGAAUUUUAUAGCUGUAUGGUUUCUAACCAAAACAUUUCUGCAUUUCUCUAAUUUGCUGCCUGAAGACAAAACAUACAAUAACAGAAUGCUACACUCGUCCUAAGUAAUUUCACAGUUAUUAGAAUACUUGAUCGUUAAUAAAAUAGUCUAAAUACUGAGUGCUCUUCAAGAUUAUUCUGUACAACCAGACAAUAUUAGCAUUCCCAUAAAAACCAGCAACUUAGAACAUAAGCCUGUACUUAGAAAAUGAGUUACAUUAAUUUUCAUACAUUUCUAAGUGGAUUACACAAGUUUUAACAGCAAUAUUGUUAAUCAAAUUAUAAGCUGACUUUAAAAAGUAUAUGUCCAGCUUUUUAAAAAGGGUUAAUAUGGUAAUCAAAUAAAUUUUGAUAAACAUAUAUCCUAUUUUUUUCUCUAACAAUUUUGGGUCGCAAAUAGUCACUUCUCUACGUAGUUACAACAAAAAUUGAAAAUUACACAGUAAAAUACAAUUAGUACUCCAUACAUACAUAUAUAUGUAUAUUUUUAUUCUGAAAAUCAGGUCAUGAAACCCACUGAUGAAGAUAUUCAAAGACGUUGCAGCUUGAAUGCUAUAGGUGAUCUGCUGGUAUCAACAUUCAAAAAAGUUUUGUGAAAUAUUUACUAAAUUAAAAGAAGACGCUUUUUAUGAAAUUAUAGUGAAUAGUAUUGUGAUUAUUAUUAUUACUAUUUUAUUAUCAGAUUUAUGUUUAUGUUCGUUACUUUGAUGUGUAUUCAACUUCACUUUUAACUCCGUAUUAACUAGAUAUGUAAAAAAAUUGAUUCGAUGUUUAAUACUCUUACAAUGAAGUUUCUUUUAUUGUCUAUUUAUAAACUGUAAAAAUUUGAAUUUAAUGACUGGAAAGAAAUAAUGUUCCAUAAAACAUAUUUUUCUUUAAAAAGUUCGCGAUUAAACUUUUCAAAUAUUCUUAAACAUUCAAAAAUGUUCCAUUUAAAUUUUGGAAAAAAAAUAAAUUUAUGUGAGACAAA